AUGCCUCAGCCGGGUAUGAAUGGGAUGGAGCCUGCGUUUGGCGAGGCCUACGGGGGACACAGGGGUCUGCUGAGCCCCUACCCUCUGGCCAUGUCGCCACAAGGGGGCAGGACCGAGUAUGACCAGAGCGUGCUCCUCAUGCUGGGCUCCCCGGCGUCGCCAAGGAAACGGCCCUUUGAGUUGCUGAGCGACCUGGUGGACGACGGCGGCUUCGGCGAGGACCUGCACCCGGAGCGCUGGGACGUGUCGGCGCUGGACGAGAUGGCUCGCUACACCAAGCUGGGCAUCGGGCCGGGAGGAGCAGGAGCAGGAGGAGGAAGAGGAGAGGCGGAGGAGGAACCGGCCCGCGGCGCCUCCCGUCGCCCAGGAAGUCCAGGCCGCUGCCGCAGGGAGGCAGGAGGGCCGCGCCUCGGUCGCCACCACCACAGAGAGGGAGUUAUGUGUUGCGGGAAGAGCGGCUGGCGGGGGGGCGCCGAGGCAGCGCACGGUGGAGGUGUAUCAGGUGGCGCAGGAGGAAGAGGAGGAGGAGGAGGUGGCGCUCGCGGCGGCCGGUUUGGCUCUGGAGCACUGCAGCGAGGAGCACAACUACUCCCUGAGCCAGGGGGAGGAGCUGGGGGCUCACAGCGCCCAGACAGAGGGGGCGCGGUGGGGGAGGCGCAGCAGGAGGUGGUGGCGGGUGGGGAGGGCGGCCAGGCCAAGACUGAGCUAGAUCUGGAGGACGAGGACAAGGGGCAGGACGAAGAGGAGGAAGAGGAAGAAGAAGAAGAGGAGGAUGAGGAGGAGGAUGAGGAGGAGGAGGACGAAGGAGAGGAGGGAGCAGAGGAGACAGCGGUGGAAGCUGAACUCUCCAGCUCCUCUGAAACUGAAUGUGAGGUGGAGGCCGAGCCAGCGAGGCAGCCGGGGGAGCGCCCGUCGAAGCGCCGCUGUUUCUGGGAGUACCGAUGCGCUCGAGAAUCGGCCACGAAGAAGAAGCUGGCCGGAGACGUCCACUGGUCCUUGUCCUGGAGCUCCAGCACUCUACCCAGCACACUGUACCGCCGAGAGGGCAAAAAAGGGCGCCGCAAAGCUCGCAAGACGGACGCCAGCGACCUGACGCCAAACCCCCAGAAGCUCCACAACAUCGGCGAGCAGCUGCAGAAGCUCAACGCUGCCAUCGACGGCAUGGGCCCGGUCAACGACCUGCCCGCCGUGGCCCGAGCCCGGUCUCGCAAGGAGAAGAACAAGCUGGCCUCCAGGGCCUGCCGGCUGAAGAAGAAGGCCCAGCACGAAGCCAACAAGAUCAAGCUGUGGGGGCUCAACCAGGAGUAUGAGAACCUGCUGGGAGCGCUGCUGCGGAUCAAGGAGGUGAUCCGACUGCGGGUGGAGAGCAGCGGGGAGGAGGACACGGACGAGCGAGGGAUGACCCAGCGCCUGGAAGACAUCCUCCGAGACUCCAGCGGUCCUUUAGUUGCCGGGCGGACCAAAGACUUUGUGCAGAGGAUUUUGGCGGCCAGCGCGGGAGGCCAGCGCGGGCGCAAAGAGCCCCCGCAGGGAGGGGAUGAGGCGGCGGGAUAAACAAAACUCACCCAGCAUCCUCCCCCUCCUCCUCCUCCCUCUCCUCUUCCUCUUCCUCCCCCUCCUCCCUCUUUCCACCCCUUCCCCUCCCAGCACCAACCAAGCAACCUGACCUGACCAAGCUUCCACUCCCACCAUGUACACAUUUCGAGUAGGAGUGAAGCGAUGAAGAGGUGGAGAUGCUGGGGGAGGAAAAAGGAGGAGGAGGAAGAAAUAGCCUAAACAAAAUGGGAGUAAAAUGCCACCGUGGUCCUGGUCCUCUCCCCUCCAAAACAGUAGCCGUCUUCACCGCUCUGUCUCUGCAGGCUGCACCACAACCACCACGAGGCCAGAGCUGCUGCUGCUGACGUCUCUGUCUGUCUGUCUGUCUGUCUGUCUGUGUGUGUGCGUGUGUGUGUGCGAGAUGUAACAUACUGUAUGGGUGUAUAGUGUUCCUCUCUCCCUCUUUGUGCUGUAUUCGUACCCCAGUGUGCCUAUGAAUAGACAUUGCACUGUUUUUGUAGAUGGUCGUAGUUGUCGGCAGGGGGGCCGCUAGUGAGGUGAGGGCGAGAGGGCAUUUGAGGAUAGAGGAAGUGCUUUAAAAAAAAAAAAAAAAAUUAAGGAAGUGGGAGGAGCCCCAGGCCUGGAAGACAAAGGAGUGGGUGUGUGCUUUUUUAUUUUAUUUUUUUUAUUUGGCUGGGCUCCUAUAGAAGCGCUUGCACACCAUUCGGAUUGCAUCGGCAUCUAAAAACAAAAAAAAGGUCGGUAACAAGUGACGGGAGUCCCGAUGCCAGACCAGCUGUUAAUGGAAACAACAACGUGUUUGUUUUGGACAAAAAAAAAAAGUCCUCUGAGCUUUAAUAACCCUCCCAUCCACCCUCUUCAACUCCCACUUCACCCCAUCAAAAUGUAAGCAAAGUUUAAAAAAGAAUAAGAAAAGAAAGAAAGAGAAAACUGCACCUUAAUUCAAACUGACCAAAGAUACUGCUGAACCACUCAGACACCAAAAGCUCUCACUGCUCCAGAUGCUGCCAACCAUUAACACAUCGUUCUGUUUUUGGGAAAUAUUCUCAUUGUUGUCAUGUUUACCUGCAUGCAUCUUCAGAGGAUGGACUUUUAAUCCCCUUCACCUAAAUGCACUACUGUCACGGACCUGAGAGGCCGUGGUGUGACAGACAGACAGACAGACAGACAGACAGACAGGAAAUGACAGUUUCUGGUUUCGUCGGCUUUUUUAGCUCGGCAGCCUGGGGUGCUCCUUUUUAGCUUCUCUGCGGCGGCUUUAUUUUGAUCCACAAAAAAAACAAAAGGGAAGUGUCCUCAAUAACUUCCCUCAAGCCCUCUCCUCAACCCCUGACCGGAUUAUGUAGCGCACCUUCCUGAAUUGCAAUGACAAAUAGAGAAAAAAAAAUAUUGUAGAUCUAGAAAGCAAAUAAUGUUUCAUUUGUAUUUUUUUUUAAUUAUGAUUUUUCUUUUUGUUGUUGUUAUUUGGCAAUGCCACACAGCCCACAUGGUGGGGUUGUCUUGAGAGUUUUUUGAAAUUUGCCUUUCUUCUGUGGUCUUUGCUGACACUGUAGUCCAACCUUGUCCAAGGUCUCUAAAUGUUGUUGGACGUUAAAAAGAAAAAAAUGAAAGAAAGACAAAAAAAAAAAAAAAAAAAAAAAAAAAAAAAAAAGUCCCCUUGACCCUUUGAAUUGCACUGUGGUAAGAGCAACUAAGCACCUUCAAAGAGGGCUUCAGAUCCUCCGAAAGCAAAAAAAAAAAUAAUAAAAUAAAAGGCUCUUGGCACCUUUUGUCUAAAGACAGAUUGUUUGAGAGGCUUGUUGUGGGCGCUUAGCGCUUUGUUACCGAGCGCUCUCGGUUAGUUUCAGUAUGGUGCUACUGUAUGAAAAAAAAAGAAAAUGAGAAAAAAAAAAAAAUAAAGGCAAUGCAAACCUGAGCGGAGGCAUCAGGCACUAACUGCUGACUGGGUUUUAGCCUGCGAGCAUGUGCUGUUGUAAUAGGCAGUUUGUUUGCAUAAUGACGCCUUUCUGAAGUGCCUGGAGCUUAAAGCCACAGGGACCUGUGUGAUUAUGCCCGAGCUUGAACCCUAUUACGAGGUGGGGGGACGUAACCCAUGACUUCUGCUCCCAGCUUGGCCUCACAAAAAAAGAAGACGAAAAAAAAACUGCAGGCCUGUGUCCGUGUCCGAUCACAUAUUACAGCCAAAAACAAGUCAACCAAAAUAUUCAAAUCCAUACGUGAUAACAGUAGCUGGCACCUGGUUCCUGUGAACAUCAACUCUGGGAAAUAUAAGUGUCUGCUAGUUAAGCAAUCACCCCGCCCCCCCCUCUCUCUCCCCCCCCCCUUUUUUUUUAUUUCAUGUUUUUUCAACCUUGACGAGCUCCCGUCUGGGCUGCGUUCCAAAAAGCUGCUGCGCUGUAACACACCCUCUCUCCUAUGGAAAAAAAACUCCAUUUCCUGUCUCAACCAGGAGAGCAGGGGUGAACCUUACCCUCUUCACCCCCCUCGAGGUCUCGCUCGUGGUCAUGUUUU